AUGGCUGUGGGUUUAGGUCAGGGGACAGAGAAGGCUGUGGGUUCAGGUCAGCGGACAGAGAUGGCUGUGGGUUUAGGUCAGUGGACGGAGAUGGCUGUGGGUUUAGGUCAGUGGACGGAGAUGGCUGUGGGUUUAGGUCAGUGGAUGGAGAUGGCUGUGGGUUUAGGUCAGUGGAUGGAGAUGGCUGUGGGUUUAGGUCUGGGGACGGAGAUGGCUGUGGGUUUAGGUCAAGGGAUGGAGAUGGCUGUGGGUUUAGGUCAGGGGACAGAGAAGGCUGUGGGUUUAGGUCAGGGGACGGAGAUGGCUGUGGGUUUAGGUCAAGGGACGGAGAUGGCUGUGGGUUUAGGUCAAGGGACGGAGAUGGCUGUGGGUUUAGGUCAAGGGACUGAGAUGGCUGUGGGUUUAGGUCAGUGGAUGGAGAUGGCUGUGGGUUUAGGUCAGUGGAUGGAGAUGGCUGUGGGUUUAGGUCAGUGGAUGGAGAUGGCUGUGGGUUUAGGUCAGUGGAUGGAGAUGGCUGUGGGUUUAGGUCAGUGGAUGCAGAAGGCUGUGGGUUUAGGUCAGGGGACGGAGCUGGCUGUGGGUUUAGAUCAAGGGAUGGAGAUGGCUGUGGGUUUAGAUCAAGGGGCGGAGAUGGGAAUGGAUUUAGGUCUGGGGACACAAAUGGCUGUGGGUUUAGGUCUGGGGACAGAGAUGGCUGUGGGUUUAGGUCAAGGGAUGGAGAUGGCUGUGGGUUUAGGUCAGGGGACGGAGAUGGAAAUGGGUUUAGGUCUGGGGACAGAGAUGGCUGUGGGUUUAGGUCAGUGGCUGGAGAAGGCUGUGGGUUUAGGUCAGGGGACGGAGCUGGCUGUGGGUUUAGAUCAAGGGAUGGAGAUGGCUGUGGGUUUAGAUCAAGGGAUGGAGAUGGGAAUGGGUUUAGGUCUGGGGACACAAAUGGCUGUGGGUUUAGGUCUGGGGACGGAGAUGGCUGUGGGUUUAGGUCAAGGGAUGGAGAUGGCUGUGGGUUUAGGUCAGGGGACGGAGAUGGAAAUGGGUUUAGGUCUGGGGACAGAGAUGGCUGUGGGUUUAGGUCAGGGGACGGAGAUGGCUGUGGGUUUAGGUCAGUGGACGGAGAUGGCUGUGGGUUUAGGUCAGUGGCUGGAGAAGGCUGUGGGUUUAGGUCAGGGGACGGAGCUAGCUGUGGGUUUAGAUCAAGGGAUGGAGAUGGCUGUGGGUUUAGAUCAAGGGACGGAGAUGGGAAUGGGUUUAGGUCUGGGGACACAAAUGGCUGUGGGUUUAGGUCUGGGGACGGAGAUGGCUGUGGGUUUAGGUCAAGGGAUGGAGAUGGCUGUGGGUUUAGGUCAGUGGAUGGAGAUGGCUGUGGGUUUAGAUCAAGGGACGGAGAUGGGAAUGGGUUUAGGUCUGGGGACACAAAUGGCUGUGGGUUUAGGUCUGGGGACGGAGAUGGCUGUGGGUUUAGGUCAAGGGAUGGAGAUGGCUGUGGGUUUAGGUCAGUGGAUGGAGAUGGCUGUGGGUUUAGGUCAAGGGAUGGAGAUGGCUGUGGGUUUAGGUCAGUGGAUGGAGAUGGCUGUGGGUUUAGGUCAAGGGACAGAGAUGGCUGUGGGUUUAGGUCUGGGGACAGAGAUGGCUGUGGGUUUAGGUCAAGGGACAGAGAUGGCUGUGGGUUUAGGUCAGGGGAUGGAGAUGGCUGUGGGUUCAGGUCAGGGGACAGAGAUGGCUGUGGAUUUAGGUCAGGGGAUGGAGAUGGCUGUGGGUUUAGGUCAGUGGAUGGAGAUGGCUGUGGGUUUAGAUCAGUGGAUGGAGAUGGCUGUGGGUUUAGGUCAAGGGAUGGAGAUGGCUGUGGGUUUAGAUCAAGGGAUGGAGAUGGCUGUGGGUUUAGGUCAGGGGACACAGGUGGCUGUGGGUUUAGGUUUGGGAAUGCAGAUGGUCAUGAGUUUAGGUCUGCGGACCGAGGAUGAUGGGAACUUUGUGGUUUAUGGCUGGAAACCAAUUUGGGCUUCAGACACUUGUGGCAAAGCAGGAACUCGCCUCAUAAUGCAGGAGGACGGAAACCUGGUCUUGUACACCUGCGGAGGCCAACCUUUGUGGGCCAGUAACAGCUGGCAGAACAGCAUCACCAAUGACAACAGUCUGUUCAUCAAUAACGACGGCAACCUGGCUGUCCAGAGAGGAUCCACAGUGCUCUGGACAUCUAAAAAAUAA